UUAUUCAUCACUGUCAUCAGUGAAUUUUGUCAAUGUUACAUCAAUUAUUUAGUUUGACGACAUUCCGACCCAAAAAGAAGUUUGAACCAGGUACUCUCAGACACUCGCUCCAUAAACAGGCUGAAGCUUCAUUAAACUCUGGAAUAAACCUUCGAGAAGUUGUAAAGCUCCCACCAGGGGAAAACUUUAAUGAUUGGUUAGCUGUUCAUGUUGUGGACUUCUUUAACAGAAUCAAUCUAAUAUAUGGAACUGUCACAGACUACUGUUUAGAAGAAACAUGCCCCACAAUGUCUGGAGGACCUAAGUUCGAGUACCUUUGGGCAGAUGGUAUCAGAUACAAAAAGCCUACACCACUUCCUGCUCCUAACUAUGUUUCUCUUUUAAUGGACUGGGUAGAAGCACAGAUCAAUAAUGAAGAUAUUUUUCCUGUAAAAAUUGAUGUACCAUUUCCAAAGAACUUCAUCCCGACAUGUAAAAAGAUCCUUACCAGAUUAUUUCGGGUCUUUGUUCAUGUUUAUAUUCAUCACUUUGAUAGACUAGUUGCUAUUGGAGCUGAAGCCCAUGUGAAUACGUGUUAUAAGCAUUUCUAUUAUUUUGUUACCGAGUUUGACAUUGUAAGUCAGAAGGAGUUUGAGCCUUUGGCUGAAAUGACAAGAAAAAUUUGUAAGGAAAACCCUCCACAGCUCAGCUAAAACUAACUAACUAUUUAGGUACAACCUUUUCUCAUCAUAGGUUCAUAGCUCUCAUUUGAUAAGGUGAUAAUGUAUUCUGAAGUAAUCAGUAGCUUAGAUUGUCCAGCUUUGAAUAAUAAUAGCUUCAAUAGCUUCCCAUGGAAAAUUUAGCAUCAAUGUGACAGGACAUAGUUGUUUUAAGUAGCAAGAACUAUUGUACAAACAAAACUUAACAAAAUAUUGAACGGUUAUUGAACUUCAUACCUACUUUCUCAAUCUUCCCAAGUUUUCCAGUACGUGUAUUAGCCAAACAAAUCAAAAGUAGUGAAAUUAAAACAUCUGUGGUUACAGCUGAAGUACAUUGUUUGAAUGGAAGCAAAUUUUACGAUUCUGUCAUCUGUUUUGUGUGCAUGGUCAAGAUUUUUUUUGUCUGAAGUACAUGCAAUGAUUGAUGAUUCUAGUCUUGUGUAUAUUUUAAUGCAUACCUUUGUAGACAGUAGUAUUAUGUUUAGUAUCUAACUUAUUUUUGUAAAGUUUAGUGUUACUGUGUCAGUUGAGAAAUUGUAUCUCCAGUUAUACAAGAAAAACACUACUAAAUAUGAUCAUGUGCUAUAAUCAUUAUUCAUGUACCAAAAAAAAAGUUGGUUGAUUUUGAACUAACUACAUUUUCUGUUAGAUUACAGCAAUUUGUACAAAUUUCUAGUUGCUGUUUUGACAGAGAAUAGUUUUAUUAAUUAAAUCAGACACUAUCAGAAAUUGAGAAACUUUGUUAUAUUAAACUGCUAGGAACUAAAUGAGUUAAAAUAUUUUAAAUGUCGAAAGUAGCUAAUAAGAAUGCUUAACCUUAUAGGUAAGUUUGGGUACCACUUCAAAAAUGUAAUUUGUUAGUAUUAUGCACUGUAGUUUUUAUUUUUCAUAUAGUGUAAUCAAAACAAAAAAAAAUGUGUUAUUAUGAAUGUAUACAUUAUUCUCUACAUAAUUUACUUUGAGUUGUUCUGAUUAAUGGUUGUAAAAAGGUCUGAAAGGUGUGCUGUUAAACAGUAAAUUAAGUAAACAUCAGCAGAUUGCCUGCACUAUGAAAAUACUAUGAUAUUCGUUCUAUAGAUAAUGGUUAUUUUGUAGAAAAUGUAAUAUUUUGAAAAACUUACCAUAACUAUGAAACUGAGUCAUUCAUCCCAAAAUACCAUCAAUUAUAGAACUUAUUCUCACAAGCAAACUGUAAAAUGAUCUCAGGUUAAAUUGUACAGCUUUUCAGGAAAUUACUCAAGUUAUACUUUUAAUUACUCAGAAACUUGUAUCCCAACCUUUAAAACACAUUUUUAGUAUAAUAAAUUACCUGCAUUAAAAAUCCAUUUCUAUUAUGUAAUAACUUUCACCAGAAGAGCUUCUGAAUUUUAAAAUAAUAAUCACAAUUAAUAAUAAAUAGUCUAAAUUAUGAGUAAUUGGAAAUUAUAAGACGUUUCUCUGAACAUUGUGGUUAGACUUACAAUAGGUUUUAAAACAAUUUUAAGUUACAUGGCUUUGUAGAUGCAGUAUAGGAAAAAAUCUGCUUUGCAAAGAUAUUUCAAGAUCAUCUUUCAUUUACUUGUACAGCCCAUGUAAACUGAUGGGAAAAUAUUUAAGUUUUAUAGAAUGUGAAGGUGGGAAAGCAACAUUUUUCAUUGAUUUCAGCCAAAGUAACAUCAAGACUCAAAUGUGUACAUGCACAAGUUGUAUAGAUAAAUAACAUUAAAUAAAUCCAUGGUAUUUUUGUAGUUUAUUACUCAUAAAGCAGAAAGGUGUGUGCAUUUCAGGUGCAACCUAAGAGGUUUUACUGGGGAUUCAUGCAAGCUUUUCCAGAAUAUCAAGGGCUGUACGUGAUGUUUGUAGACACAGAUAAAUGAAUAGACUUGAUUGAAUGCAUGAUUUAAUUAGGCUCAUUGUUAUGGAUUCUGAGGGAAAGAACUUUAAUUUAAAUUUAUGAACUUAAAUAAGGAAGGAUUUUUCUCUAGUCUUCCAAAAGUCUCUUUCCUAACAUUUAUUUAAACAAACUUAUCUUAAUUUAGUGACUAAAGCUUUGUAUUAUCCUUUUUUAAAUUAUGAUUUACAUUUAUUUGUUUCAGUAUUAUUGAAAUAAGUGCCAAGUAAAGUAUCAAAUGGUUUUGAAGGGAGAAUGUAAAUACUUAUGUUUGAAAAACUAUAAUCACCUUUUGCAGCAGUAAGUUUCAACCAUUUGUUCUAUAAAUGAUGUGACCUUUGGAAUUGAACAUGCUUCUAUGACAUUUUGUUUUUAUUAAAUAUGUUUCUUAAGAAACAAAAUCAACUACAACUGGACUACAGUAGAUAGAUAUUUAUAUAUUUGUGUUAUAGUUACAUGUUGUAUCAUGUAUAUGCAUGUUUAUUUCUAACAUUUGCCUCUGUAUUCUUAAAUAUUUUGAGUUUAAGCUGGAAUUUAUGAUUAUUUUAAGUACAUGGAUUUUUUUAAGAAGCAUUUUUAUAAGUAUUUUAUCACAAGUAAUACUAACCGAGUGCAAAGUUAUUUAUUAAGAAAUUAUAGAACUUGAUAAGAUUGGUCUGCUUUCCAGUAAACGACGACUGCUACUGAGUGAUUGUUGUGUAUAGCAAAUAUGUAUUAAUGAGAUCCAAAAAUCACAACUUUUAUUUUUAUAAUGAAAAUUUGUGAGUAUAUUACAGAUGUUACCAUAUAUUACAUCCUUAUCACUUUAGUUAAUUUUGCAAGGUACGAAAGAUUAAUUUUAGACUAGAAGUUUAUUGCAAAAGCAUCACAAGAUUAGUUUGAUGCUUUAAACAUCAUAGUGAUAAACACCUGGAGAAUAGUAAUUGUGGCAUUAUGCUUGCUUUAAAAUUCAGAAAAGCACUCAUUUGAAAGUUAAACUUUGUUUUAGACUGUUAUUUAGCUAUAAGAGAUAAAGUAUUACUGUACUAUUAUCAAAAGCUCAAAAUAAGAUUUUUAGUCUUUAAUAUUAAUGAAGAUAUUACAGUAUAUUUGCAUUGUAAUUUUCAGUGUUUAUUUAAGCUAUUUUUAUUUUGUACAUUUUAACACUUUUCCCAGUGUUUUUAAAGUUUCUUAUUCAUAUGUUUUCAUCAUGUUUAUAUAUCUAAUGUUACAACUGAAUUUCGUAUAUUUCCAUUUGUUGUAUUAUCUCUUAACUUUGCAACUCUAUGUUUCAAAAUUUAUCUUCAAUUUAAACCUUUAUUAUAUUACUUUCUCAAAUACAAUUAAAUACAUCAGGAAGGAUGUCUUAGUAAAAAUCUAUUUUCUAGGUAAGCUGGAAAAUAUACUAUACUACUUCACUUCACUGUUUACUUCAAUAUAUAUCUAUAUGUUACAUUUACAACUGGAAAAGGAGAGAACCAACAUUUCAUAGUUAAACGUCUUUGACUUAGCAUUGAAUUUUUAAUUGUAUUGUUAAUGUUUUCUUUUGCUGGCAAAAUAUUAAAUUAGUUGUUACUAGCCACAUUGUGAUUCUGUUGGGACAAUAUAUUUUGUAGUUUAUGUCAUACUGACCAACAAGAACAUUACUUUUUUUAUUUUCAUUACAUUUAUUAAAACUAGGAAAGUAUUUAUAUUAAUUUGAUACUUUUACGUAAAGCAAGGCCAGUGCUUAGAAUGUGAAACUAUGUAUCUGUGGUUCCACUGUUGGUGUUCCUUUACCACCAAAAUAAAUUUACACUCCAUACUCAGGCAUUAAUAUAAGGUUUGUGGUUAAGUUUCACUAUUCAGUUAAACAAGAGUAGGUGAUGUGUGCUGUUGACUAGGUGCCUUUCUUUUCUCCAGUCUUAAUUAAGGAUGAGUAGAGCAUUAUUACUGAAAAAUGAAUGUAAUAUAUCUAAAAAUGAAUAUCUAGGUAUUCCAUGUCUUGUAAUAUUCAGAUUAACCAUUUUUACGUAUCCAUGUUCUGUAACUGCCUUACUGUCAGAGGUAUUUUCAUCUUAAUUAAAUACUGAUCUACUUUGACAUAAAAGUGUCACUUUUUAUAAGCUGUUUUAGGUUCAGUAACAUAUUUAUCUAAUGUGAAUUGAUAAACACCACAAAGACCCAACUUAUCCAAGCAAUUGGCAAAACUCAAUUUUUUGAAUUAAAAUAAAAAACAUGCUUGGGAUACUAAAAGACUGAUAGAUAUUUAAUUUCUUUGAAUAGUUUUCAUUUAUGGGAAUUUUGUGAAAUUAAAAUACAUCAAAGCAUAGCUAUUAAUUCUUAGCAUGCUUUCAUCACUUGUGGGAGGUAACAUUUAUUAAUUUAUUAUGAGUAUUAUUAUUAUUUAUGAAACAGAUCUCUCUGUACUUAUAAAUUUCAUUUAAAAAGAAAAUGUGUUUCAGUAAUGUCUUACAAAACAAAGUAUCUAGUCGUGGUAUGUGGCUAAGUUUAGGAUCAUUUUUGUUUACAAGGACGAGCAAGUAACAAAAGAUGGCAGAAGAGAAUGCAAUUUUUCUAAUUUUUAUUAAUUAUUGCUGUUUAAUUAUUUUUAAAAAUCUUUGAAAAACAGUUUUGUGAAAAUAAAGAUUUACAAUAAAGUGGAUUUUUAUUUUUGAAUUGCACUUAUCUUCAGGUGAAGGGUAACAAAACGUUACUUGUGCUUAACCAUGAAUAUAAGAAACCCAUAUAAAGAUCCAAUAAUAUAAUUAACAAUUGACAAUCAAUAAAAUAUAUAUUAUAACUGAAACAAUGCUAAGGACUGAAUAGAAAUUACCUGUGGACACCAUUUGGAUAACACUGUAUUAAAGUUAUUUUUAAUUUUUCUGUCACAUUUCUUCUCAUUUUUGUGUACUAAUUAUCUGUCAGUUUCUUUAGAAAUUGUGAAAAACAUGCAAUAAAAACUAGUGUUAUCUUUGUUUUAUAUAUAAAAAAAAUUUGACACCUAUUUGAAAUAGCAUGACUAGCAGACAACCCAAUAAAAGUGCUUAAAGUAUCAUCA